AUGGCGCUCAAGAGAAAAUUCGAGGACGAGGAGCUGCCGAUUCAGGAUUGCCGCACUGGGCUCUCUUCACUUAUUUCGAAUUAUGAAUCAGCUGAAGCAGCUCUCCUCUGGCUCCUGAAUGCAUACAGAUUUGACCGGAAUGUCUUGCGGAAGUCCGUUAGAGAUAAACGCGCGGAGCCUAAUUUUUACAAUGUCAACUUCGAAGACAUGGCCGAAUUUGUUGAACUGAACCCCCAGCUAGAGUUAGAUGACAUCGGGACGUUCAACCUCCAUCGCUCUCGCAUCCCCACCGACCUUUUCCGGUCUAUUUUAGAGGAUAUGGAUGUUCUACUGGUUCAAUAUGGUCCACUGCCCGCCCACCGUAAUGAGGAGGCAGCAUCCCGUUUUCUCUCUCCGAUUUUUAACCGCCUGAUAGCUCAAUUCGACUUUGCUUUUCAAAACCUUCCUGAAACGAUUAUCGAAGGGCACAUUAGCACACGGGGCAGGAUUAAGCACUAUUUUAAAGCAUUUGGCUUGAUCUCUCUUUUGUUCAUUGAGGUAAAGUUUAAAAUUAGCAACGAAGCUGAGCGUUUGGACGCGAUUGCUCAAGUCAUAGCGGAAUGUGUUGCAUGCGAUCGGAAUAAUGCGGCGGCAGGGUUUGGCAUGUCCAUCAUUGGUAUUCUCUGUGGUGGGAGGUCGUUUGAUUUCUUUUCAUUCGAUGGAAAGACACGCAAAUUCACCCGUGGCUGCCUUCCCGGAGAUCCCGCCGAACACCGCCGUGGUCUACGACUCGUCGAUUUUACGUUAGACGGUCCCGACCGUUUCAUAGCUGGUCUUCGUCCAAUAUGCGAGAUAAUAUUUGACUUGUUCAUGGGCGCUUACAUCUCGAGCUUGAUGUCGUUUCAUGAACGAUCCGAACGGAAAGGAAAGGAGGGGAAAUCUAUAAAGAGUUUGGACAAGUGGGAUGAAGCCUUAAAGCAUGCUCAAGAGGCGUUUGGGAAGUUCCGGGCUGCGGGAACCAAGCGUAACGACAAAGACAUUGGACAAGCGAGUGCUUUGGUUGGACAGGCGAUGAACGACCUGAAGCUUAGUAUUGAAUCAUUGACUAUCCGCCGGACAAAUCUCAUCAUGACUGGUUGGGAUGGUUUAAAAGUUGAAGAGGUGUGACGAGGAUUGGAAGAUUGGUCAGGAGACGGCGAAACGAUGGACGAGAAAUAUUUGCCAGGAUCGAAAAGAAAUACUAGGAAACGUCACUACACUUCAUUUAAUCCUAAUGUAAUGUAUGUAUUAGUAUUGAAUCGUUGACUAUC